CUAUAUUUCUCUCUACCUUUGUUCGUAUUUUCUUGGAGGAGGGGCUCAGGUCUUUAGAUGCUCUACCCUUUAGGCUAGUGGGUCUUGGGAUCGAGGAGCUUUGUUCUUUGUUAGUCAUUGUUCUUGCUAAUAAUCAAAGAAAAUGGUUAUUACUGACGAGAACAAGCCCACAAAUUUUCAAGUCGGAGGGUUAGAGAUGGGUACUAGAAAGUCCAGCAGGCAGGAGAUUAGGCAGAACAGAAGGGCUUUAAGCGUCAUUAAUCAGAAUUUAGUGGGAGCUCAAGCAUACCCUUGUGUUGUCAACAAGAGAACCCUGUCAGAAAACUAUGAUAUCUGUGAAAAGAAGCAGGCAGAUCCAGUGCAUCGACCAAUCACGAGGAAGUUCGCGGCACAAAUUGCAAACACGCAGCAAGCUUCUUUCCAGGAAACCAAGAAAGCAAAUCCAUCAGCUUCAGAGGGAUUUCAAGCUUGCAUAUUUAUAGACGAGGAACACAAGUCAACUAAAGAAGACCAACCAGUGCCCAUGUUUUUAGAACAAACAGAAGCAAUGUCUAGUGGAACUGAAGAAAUGGAGGAGAUUGAAAUGGAGGAUAUAGUUGAAGAGCCUGUCAUGGAUAUUGACAGCUGUGAUGCGAAGAAUCCACUUGCAGUUGUGGACUACAUUGAAGAUCUCUAUGCCUACUACAGAAAAAUGGAGAGUUUUAGCUGUGUCUCUACGAAUUAUAUGGCUCAACAAUUUGACAUCAAUGAGAGGAUGAGAUCCAUACUGAUUGACUGGCUUAUUGAGGUCCACGAUAAGUUUGAACUGACGAAAGAGACAUUGUUCCUAACGGUUAAUAUAAUAGACAGAUUUUUAUCUAAGCAAACAGUAGUAAGAAAGAAACUUCAGUUGGUGGGUUUGGUUGCCAUGCUCUUAGCGUGCAAAUACGAGGAAGUUUCUGUUCCUGUAGUCGGAGACUUGAUUCUUAUAUCAGAUAAAGCUUACACAAGGAAGGAGGUUCUGGACAUGGAGAGCUUGAUGGUCAACACAUUGCAGUUCAACAUGUCAGUUCCAACCCCGUAUGUUUUCAUGCAAAGGUUCCUCAAGGCUGCUCAGUCGGAAAAAAAGCUUGAGCAACUGUCCUUCUUCUUGAUCGAGCUUUCGCUGGUGGAGUACGAGAUGCUCAAGUUUCCACCAUCUUUAUUAGCAGCUGCUGCAGUCUAUACUGCGCAAUGUACUCUUUAUGCGUACAAGCAGUGGAGUAAGACCUGUGAAUGGCAUACCAGCUACUCAGAAAAUCAGCUAUUAGAAUGCUCAAGACUAAUGGUAGGUUUCCACCAAAAUGCAGCAACAGGGAAACUCACUGGGGUACAUAGAAAAUACUGUACAUCUAAGUUUGGCUAUACUGCAAAAUCUGAACCGGCUCAUUUUCUGUUGGAUACCCAACUAUAGCAGGCCAUGCACAGUUACUAACAUUACAUGACUUUGUAAUUGGGUUGCUUGGGGAUGGGGAAACACUCAUCAUUAUAGAGCAACUUGGGUUGCACUGGUCAUUGAUCUUCUAGAUUACUAAGCCUGCAGCCUCGGUUGUUAAUUGCACACAGCCAUGGUUGUUUUCCUUAAGUUCUAAUUGGAAAUAAUCAUUCUUUUCCCCUUCAAAUUGUACUUCUACUGUUGUUCUCUGAACAAUAAUGUGAUGACAGUGUCAUAUUUCCUUUUC